AAGAUCAAGCUUUUGAAUAACAACUUUUAACUUUUUUACUGUGAAUAUUAUUUUGCCCAUCUGGUAGCGCCCUCGGCUGAGCGACUAUCGAUAACACAACUUGUCAACUUGAUAGCUGAUUUAAGGUUAUACCUGCGCUGCCGUUUCUGAAUUCUGGUAAAUUUGCUAAUUUGAUAACAAAUUGUGUUCACGGUCGACAUUACAUAACUAUCCUGCGCAAAGAUGUCCCAAGCUCCAGUUCGUGUUUCUCCACUGAUCAAGUUCGGCAGAUGGUCUCUGCUCCUGGUGGGCAUUGCCUACGGUGCCGCUCAUCAGAGCCGCCUGUCCAAGAAGGAAGAGAAGGUGCGUGAGAUCGAGGCCCAGCAGAAGGUUGUCCGUGAUGCCAAGUUAGCUGAGGAGAAGAAGCGUAGCGCCGAGGCUGAGGCCCGUGCCUUGGCCGAGCUCUCCAAGCCUACCCCCAAGCAUUAGGAUCCUUUAGCUUAACAACUACACUAAACCACGCUAAAUUUGUCUGAGAUGAGAAGGAGGCAGAGGUGCAACCACUGAACAGUAAAACUAUCAAUCGUUUCUGUGUUUAUUGCUCUGAUUUUUGUGCAGAAUUGUAAUGUAUGCAAUUAAAUGAUUGAAUCCAAA